AUGGCUGGUGGCAAUGGAAAAGGUGCUGGAAUCAAUCAACUAAAUAGACCAUUGGGUUUGUGUGUCGAUGAUGAUCAAACUAUUUAUAUUGCUGAUUACUGGAAUCAUCGUAUUAUCCAACGGUCGACAAAUAAUCAAAUUCAUGCUCAACAGCUCAAUUGUCCAACGGAUGUAAUUAUUGAUAAAGAAAAUGAUAGUUUAAUCAUAUGUGAUUCCAAAAACCGACGAGUGAUUCGAUGGAAUCGUCAAGGUGACAGAAAUUCAGAAACGAUCAUUUCAGAUAUUGAUUGCUUCGGUCUGAAAAUGGAUAAUAAUGGAUGUCUGUAUAUCACUGACUGCAAAAAGCAUCAAGUUCGACGAUAUCGAAUUGGUGAAUUCAAUGGCAUAGUCAUAGCAGGUGGCAAUCGAGGCGGUAAUAGUGCUGAUCAGCUAUAUAUGCCUCAAUACAUAUGCAUAGGCCUAGAUCAUACAUUGUAUGUGUCCGAUAGUAACAAUCAUCGUGUGAUGAAAUGGACAGAAGGAGCUAAACGAGGUAUUGUCGUAGCCGGUGGACAUGGAAGUGGAAGUACUCUUACACAAUUAUCGUAUCCUCGAGGAGUUGUUGUCGAUCCUUCUGGCACUGUCUAUAUAGCGGACUCCGGUAACAAUAGAAUAAUACGCUGGCCUCAAGAAGCUACACAAGGGAGUGUUGUUGUUGGUGAACACGGUCCAGGAGCACAAUCAAAUCAGCUUGAUCAGCCGUCGGGUUUAUCAUUCGAUCACGAAGGCAAUCUGUACGUCACCGAAGAAAAUAAUCAUCGAGUACAAAAAUUUUAUAUCGAUAUACGUUCAAUAAGAUGA